CAUUACUUCAUUCAGCGAGUUCCUGGUCGCAGCAAAAUAAUGAGCUGACUAUGGUCCCCGAAGAUCUUCCCUCGAUAACUUACCGACACGCGUUUGUGGUGAUUGGACGAGCCAAUAUCUAUUCGGAGUUUGUCAAGAUGGUGUGUGGAAGCGAGUCUAAUCGAUUUACAAUAUGUCGGAAAAGUGAAUCGACAAUUCAUGGAGGAGAUUCUUCCGUUUGUGAAUCAAAUCGAUCUAAUAUAAGUUCGCCUUCGCAUGGCAGAAUUGACUUCAAUCGAAGACAGAAUACUCGACAAAGGAGAAACUGUGGCAAUAAAUGCUAUUGUCAAAUCGAGGCCCCACCUCCACUACCUCGUUCAGUGUCCGUCAUCCGGUCCCGUACAAGUUCCCUUAGUCUACCCCAAUCCCCCGAGCCUAGUUGUACCUCCCUUUCUGACUCGGCGUCGAGGCGGUGGAUUCAGCGGAGUACUAUCGUCAGUCGAGUUUCAUUCGACAAUGUAUCCCAUAAAUACUCAUCUUACAUGCCUCGACUUACCACUACAACUGGUGUCCUCAACACGGCAUUGGUAUUCCUCCUAUCAUUGGAUCCUCCUCCUCCUCACACCAAGAAGCCCGUCGCUGCCACUAACGCCUGUAUUUCAGAAUGUCUCAGAUAUCUCGCUGCCGGCGAUAGUGAUACUCGCUCAGAAUGGGAUGUCCUGAUGGACGACAUCACCAUGUUGGAGUUGCGACUUCGACAAUGCCAUAGGAUGUUGGAUAAUUGUGGUAAACGGUUCGGCAAGCCUCUAGUAUGUCUAGUAGUGCUCACCGCCGAUCAAAACGUGUCCGGACGGAAACUUUGCAGUAGACGUCAAGAUCACCGACUAGCAGUGGAAGAUCUGUGGCGGAAAUGGGGUCCGAGUGGCGAGCACGUCCUGGCUGAUCGUCACGACUACGAGUGGAACGGGGAGAAGCUGCACAGUCUCGUAUGUGACCUUUCAGAGCGGCUCGCUCAGCGAUGGCAAUCGAGCAGUGUUAUGGUCUUAUGACUUGUUUAUCUCAGUUUAGCACGUUUUGAGCCGUUCAAGUGCUUUUUCCUAA